CUCGCAACGGUGAAGCCCGGGGGGCCGAGUCUCCCGAUACGUCACCGGAAGGCGGUGCCACCUGCUGGUGGGCGCCCUGGUCAGCGAUGGGUUGCUUCGGUUCAGCCGGAUCGAAACAGUCGGACUCGAACAGCUCCGAGGAUACCAAGAGCCAGAAACGGCGCAGCGAUGCGAUCACGCGACAACUGCAGAAGGACAAACAGGUGUACAGAGCCACGCACAGACUGUUACUACUCGGUGCCGGUGAGUCCGGCAAGUCGACCAUCGUGAAACAGAUGAGAAUAUUGCACGUGAACGGGUUUUCCGACAGUGAGCGGAAGCAGAAGAUAGAGGACAUUAAGAAGAACAUUCGUGAUGCUAUCCUGACAAUUACCGGUGCGAUGAGCACACUGACACCGCCUAUUCAGUUAGAAAAACCGGAGAAUCAGGCACGGGUAGACUACAUUCAGGAUUAUGCGUCAGGGCCUGAUUUCAAUUAUCCGCCGGAAUUCUACGAGCACACCGAAGAGUUGUGGAAAGAUCGCGGUGUCCAACAGACGUACGAGCGAUCGAACGAGUAUCAAUUAAUUGAUUGUGCUAAAUACUUUCUGGACCGUGUUAGUGAAAUCAAGCAGCCUAACUAUACUCCAACCGAGCAGGAUAUCUUGAGAUGUCGUGUGCUAACCUCUGGCAUUUUCGAAACUAGGUUUCAGGUUGAUAAAGUGAAUUUCCACAUGUUCGACGUCGGAGGGCAGCGUGAUGAGCGGCGUAAGUGGAUCCAAUGCUUCAACGAUGUCACAGCAAUCAUCUUCGUGACGGCGUGCUCUAGUUAUAAUAUGGUCCUGCGCGAAGAUCCCACACAGAACCGGCUACGGGAGUCGUUGGAUCUGUUUAAAAGUAUUUGGAAUAAUCGAUGGUUACGGACUAUAUCCGUUAUAUUGUUUUUAAACAAGCAAGACUUGCUUGCGGAGAAGAUAAAGGCAGGCAAGAGUAAGCUGUCCGACUAUUUUGGCGAAUUCAAUCGUUACCAGACGCCAGCCGACGCUGUAUGCGAAAUGGGUGAAGAUCCUGAAGUGAUUAGAGCAAAAUAUUUUAUAAGAGAUGAGUUCUUGCGUAUAUCGACAGCGAGUGGUGAUGGCAAACACUACUGCUAUCCACACUUUACCUGCGCUGUAGAUACGGAAAACAUCAAGAGAGUUUUCAACGAUUGUCGGGACAUCAUUCAGCGGAUGCAUCUGCGGCAAUAUGAGUUGUUAUAGAUAUACUUAAUGAUUUCGAUACAACAGCAACUUGGUCGUCUCAUUUUAGUUGUGUCUAUCGUGAAACAAAUAUCAAACCUAGCCAAACUAUACUAAUUUUAUAAUAAAACAAAUAUU